AUGGCUAGUACCACCUGUGACACUGCUUCCCUCUGUCUCUACCCCAAACCAACUCUGACAGCCCAUCCUGGGCCCAUCCUGGCACCUGGAGAAAGCCUGAGUUUCAGGUGCCAAGGGCCAAUAUAUGGAAUGACGUUUGUUUUAAUGAGGUUGGAAGGCUUGAAGAAAUCUUCUUACUACAAGAAGGCAGUAAAAAAUGAGGCGUAUUUCGACUUCAAGUCUCUGAAGACCCAGGAUACAGGGCAUUACCUCUGUCUUUACUAUGAUGCGUCAUACAGAGGCUCACUGCUUAGUGAUAUCCUGAAAGUUUGGGUGACUGAAACUUUUCCCAAGACCUGGCUACUUGUUCAACCCAGUCCUGUGAUUCAAAUGGGUCAAAACGUAAGCCUGAGAUGUCAAGGACUAAUGGAUGGAGUGGGGCUUGCCCUCUAUAAGAAGGAAGAAGAAGGGCCCCUUCAGAUUCUGGAUGGCACCAGCAACGAUGGCAACAAAUCAUUCUUACUCACGAAUGUGACCGACAAGGAUGCUGGCAUCUAUAGCUGCCUGUAUUUUCUAAACUGGAAGACAUCCAUUAAGAUGGAAACAUACAAUACUGUGGAGCUGAUGGUUGUAGCUUGGCCCAGUUCCGUGUUCAAUAUAGGAAAGACCAUCACCUUUCAGUGCCGAGUAUUUCAUCCAGUACUCGAAUUUUCUCUGGAAUGGGAAGAAAAAGCAACAUUCCCAAAAUUCUCAAUAAAUGGAGACUUCAUUAUCACUAACAUUGAAGGACAAGGCACAGGUACCUACAGUUGCAUCUUUCGUAUUGAGGCACACACCUACAUCUGCUCCGAUCACAGCAAACCUCCGAAGUUGGCGGGGCCAAGAGUCACAGGCUUCCUCACCUGGAAUUCCUUUAUGAAUGAAGUGUUCAGGAUGUCCUUAUUUGUCCAGCUUAUCUCCUUGCUGUUGCUAGUGCUAUGGAUACGGUGGAGGUGUCGGAGAUUGAGAUUAAGAGAAGCCUGGUUGUUGGGAACAGCUCAAGGGGUCGCCAUGCUCUUCAUAAUCAUGGCUCUUCUUUGCUGUGGACUGUGCACUGGGGCACUGGCAGAAGAGAUUGAAGUAAUCAUGCCAACUCCUAAGCCUGAACUGUGGGCAGAGACGAACUUCCCUCUGGCCCCGUGGACGAACUUAACCCUCUGGUGCAGAAGCCCUUCUGGCUCAACGAAGGAGUUUGUGUUACUGAAGGACGGGACCGGGUGGAUUGCAACUCGCCCUGCCUCGGAGCAGGUCCGGGCUGCCUUCCCCCUUGGCGCCCUGACCCACAGUCACACCGGGAGUUACCAUUGCCAUUCAUGGGAGGAGAUGGCUGUGUUGGAGCCUAGUGAAGCACUUGAACUAGUAGGAACAGACAUCCUUCCCAAACCUGUCAUUUCGGCUUCCCUCCCAGUCCGGGGCCAGGAACUGCAGAUCCGGUGCAAAGGAUGGCUGGAGGGUUUAGGGUUUGCUCUGUUUAAGAAGGGAGAGCAGGAACCUGUCCAGCAACUUGGUGCCAUUGGAAGAGAAGCCUUCUUUACAAUUCAAAGAAUGGAGGAUAAAGACCAGGGCAAUUACAGCUGCUGCACACACACCCAAAUGCAGCCCUUCAAGUGGUCCGAGCCGAGUGAGCCCCUGGAGCUUGUCAUAAAAGAAACAUACCCCAAGCCUUUCUUCAAGACAUGGGCCAGCCCUGUAGUCGCUCCUGGUGCCCGAGUGACUUUCAAUUGUUCCACCUCUCAUGAGCACAUGAGCUUUAUUCUUUACAAGGAUGAUACUGAAAUUGCAUCCAGCGACCCAGCCUGGGGAAAGCCGGGGUCUAGUGCAGCUCACUUUCUGAUCAUUUCAGUGGGCAUUGGUGAUGGAGGGAACUAUAGCUGCCGUUAUUAUGACUUUUCCAUCUGGUCUGAGCCCAGUGACCCAGUGGAGCUCAUUGUGACAGAAUUCUACCCCAAACCUACUCUCUUGGCACAACCUGGCCCUGUCGUGCUUCCUGGGAAGAAUGUGACACUGCGCUGCCAAGGAAUUUUCCAGGCCAUGAGGUUUGCCCUCUUACAGGAGGGGACCCAUGCUCCCAUACAGUUCCAGAGUGCUUCGGGGACCUCAGUUGACUUCCUCCUCCACACUGUUGGAGCAGAGGACUCUGGGAACUACAGCUGUAUCUACUAUGAGACAACCAUGUCCAACAGGGGCUCGUACCCUAGUACACCCCUUAUGAUCUGGGUGACCGAUACAUUCCCCAGACCACGGUUGUCUGCUGAGCCUAGUUCUGUGGUUACUAUGGGACAAAAUGUUACUCUCUGGUGCCAAGGACCAGUCUAUGGAGUUGGGUACAUUUUGCACAAAGAAGAAAAAGCCACUUCAAUGCAGCUUUGGGGGUCCACCAGCAAUGAAGGAGCAUUCCCUAUCACCAAUAUAUCUGGUGCAAGCAUAGGUCGUUAUAGCUGCUGUUACCACCCUGACUGGAUUAGCUCUAUCAAGAUACAGCCUAGCAACACGCUGGAACUCAUGGUCACAGGUUUACUCCCUAAACCCAGCCUGUUAGUUCAACCUGGCCCCAUGGUAGCCCCUGGAGAAAAUGUGACUCUUCAAUGUCAAGGGGAGCUGCCAGAUUCAACGUUUGUCCUUUUGAAAGAGGGGAACCAACAACCAUUACAGCAGCAGAGGCCAAGUGGGUACAGAGCUGACUUCUGGAUGCCAGUGGUGAGGGAUCAAGAUUCUGGUGUCUACAGCUGUGUUUAUUAUCUGGAUUCUGCUCUCCUUGUGGCUUCAAACCAUAGCAACUCUCUAGAGAUCUGGGUAACCGAUAAGCCCCCUAAGCCCUCUCUGUCAGCCUGGCCCAGCACUGUGUUCAAACUAGGGAAGGACAUCACCCUUCAGUGCCGAGGACCCCUACCAGGAGUUGAAUUUGUGCUGGAGCAUGAUGGAGAAGAAGCACCCCAACAGUUCUCUGAGGAUGGAGACUUUGUCAUCAACAACCUGGAAGGGAAAGGCAUUGGAAACUACAGCUGCAGCUACCGUCUGCAGGACUACCCCAACAUCUGGUCAGAGCCCAGUGAUGCCGUGGAGCUGGUGGGAGCAGCAGAUGAGUGGAUUAUAUUCCCCCCCCGCCCCUCUCCAUGCAAGUUCCUGCUGUGA